AUGAAUAAUUAUACACCUAAGUAACCUAAAUGGGCUGAAAAGACCAUUAAAAAUAUGAACAGAUAUUCCUUUACUGAUCUGAAUGAAUAAGAAAAGAGGGGAUCAACAAGUACAGUAGCCACAUUAGCAACAAUGAGCACAGAUUUUUAUGUUUAGGAUGAUUAUCCAAUUGAAGAAAUGACUUCUUCAAGUGAUGAAUCCGAAAGCCAUGUAAAAUUUAAAACAGAAAUGUGCAAAAACUGGAGUAUUUUGGGUAAAUGCAAUUAUGGAAAUAAGUGUUAAUUUGCACACGGUUAAAAUGAAAUGAUAAAUCGAUAGUGUAAUCAGAAAUACAAAUCAAAACUGUGUCGAUCUUUCCAUUAGGAUUAUGUAUGCUUUUAUGGAGCUAGAUGUCAAUUUAUUCAUGAGAGUAGAAGUGUUGACCAAAUCAGAAAAGAUUACAAAUCUUAAACUUCAUUUUAUUAGCCUACCCCAAGCUAAUUAAGAUUGAAAUCUUUUCAACUCAUAACAAGGGAUUGGAAAUCAGAAAUUCCAUUGCAAGAGUGUAUUAAGCUGUGGAAAACUAAAAUAUUAUUAUAAAUCAACAUAUCCUCAAGUAGUGAUUGA